UUCCUGGCCGGACAACGUGGAGCGGAGACCGCCGCACCCCAAACGUGACAAAUGUUCCUCACUCGGCCAUCUGUUGGUUCCGCGCUGCCCGGCUUCGUCUGUUAGGAGCCCUGCCUGCUGCGCAGCUGUGACCUGCCCUUUAGCAACCACCACCAGAGGACUACCAUGCACCCCUGCUGACACAUGCUCACCGCGUCAGCCAAUCGGGCUUCAGCUCCUAUAUGCUGAACGCAUCCUCCAUCUUUUCCCCUGCUUCCAGCCUCAGUCCUCGCCCUUUCCCCCAAUGCACUCUUGACCAGUGCGUCCACUGCCACUAGAGAGCAAAGGAAACUGUGUCACCUCCCGCCAUGACUCCUUUAAUCACCCCCCUCCCCUGUCUUCUUCCGCUCUCCCUCCCUCACUCUCUCUCUCUCUCUCUCUUGUCUCAAUCCUCCUACUCCCAUCUUUCCCCGCUCCCAGGAUUGGGAUCGUCAAACAUUGAUCUGUAUUUAUUUUUAGAGCAGCUGCAAGCAUGCGAGAGCGCGCGCGCGCGUACAGUAAGUGUGUGUGUGUAUGUGUGCGCGCGCGCGCCUGUGAAACAGACGCUCAUCCAUUCCAGCCCGUGGGCAGACACUGGCUGUGUUUGGGUGCACCUCCUAUUGUGUGCAUCUGUGUGUGUGUCAGGACUUUCUUUUUCACAAAGUUAAUCCCUUAAGAAGAGGUGUGGUUCUCUCUCUCUCUCUGUCUCUCUCUCAGUCUCUCUCUCUCUCCCUCUCUCUCACAAUAUCAUCCCACGUUCUCUCGCCGCUCUCCUCCUCUCCCAUCCUUUCCCCCGUGCUGCCAUUGCUCUGGCCGCCAGGCUGAGGGAGUGCUUCCUCUCCGUCUCGGUCGGCUCGUCAUCUCCGCGUCGUUCCUCGGCUGCCGUCGAGCUUGUGUUUGAUGAGUUCUCCGAGCGAGAUGGGGGAGGCCACCGAGCACAGUUCCAGGGAGCACGUGACCCCGGAGAUGAACAAGCUUCGUCAGAGUCUGAGGAGGAAGAAGCCCACCUAUGUGCCAGAGGCCAGCAGACCGCAUCAGUGGCAGGCGGACGAGGAGGCUGUACGCAAGGGCAAAUGCAACUUCGCUGUUCGGUACCUGGGACUGGUCGAGGUGGAGGAGUCGAGGGGAAUGCACGUUUGUGAGGAGGCUGUAAAAAAGCUGAAAGUUAGCGGCAAAAAGACAGUAAAGGCUGUGCUGUGGGUUUCAGCUGAUGGACUCAGGGUGGUUGAUGACAAAACCAAGGACCUCAUCGUGGACCAGACCAUCGAGAAGGUUUCGUUCUGCGCUCCAGACCGCAACUAUGACAAGGCCUUCUCCUACAUCUGCAGAGAUGGGACCACCAGACGGUGGAUGUGCCACUGCUUCAUGGCCCUCAAAGACUCGGGUGAGAGACUGAGCCAUGCAGUCGGCUGUGCCUUUGCCGCCUGUCUGGAGAGGAAGCAGCGCAGGGAGAAGGAGUGUGGCGUGACGGCUUCCUUCGAUGCCAGCCGCACCUCGUUUGUGCGCGAGGGCUCCUUCCGCAUCAAUUCAUCUUCCAGCCAGCAGGGCAGCAGCAGCGAGCGAGAGGAGAAGCUGCAGGACAAAAAGAAAGAUCAACCUCCUGCCAUCCCAGCUCUCCCUCCUGGCUCUGCCUCCCCACCCGAGGGGACGGCGUCCCCGAUGGAGCGUCCGGAACCAGGCGGGCCCCACGCCAUCCCUCGCCGCCACGCGCCCAUUGAACAGCUGGUGCGCCAGGGCUCAUUCAGGGGAUUUCCGGCUCUCAGCCAGAAGAACUCUCCCUUUAAGAGGCAGCUGUCGCUCCGCCUCAACGACCUGCCUUCCACUCUGCAACGCAAGACGGAUUUUGAGGUCAAGAACCCUGAGAUGGACAUGGGGUUGCCGUGCGAGGGCGACAGCAGUAUUAAUGCACUGUGUUGCCAGAUCAACACAUCCUUCACCAAACCGUCAGACGAGCUCUUCUCCAACCCAGCCAUGUCUGCAAACUGCCCUCCGACCUGCACUGUGCCCCCGAUCUUGCCUCCACCACCCGCACCUGUCCAGGCCACCUCUUCCUGGGUGCAGCCAGAGCCUCCUCUCCACUCUCCUCCGGUUUCUGCGGCCCUGCAGAGCGGACACAAACGCACCCCCUCAGAGGCUGAGAGAUGGCUGGAGGAGGUAUCCAAGGCCGUCAAAGCCCAACAGACGCCUCCCUCUGGCCCCAUCAUCCCCACUAUUCCCGGGCCCCCGUCUGUACCUGGUCACCACAGUCAUCAUAUAUCCACACAGGCGACCUUGCCUUCUGCCCCAGUGUCUACUGUCCCCAUGCCACUCAACACCUUGUCCAAACCUCUUAUCUCCUGCCCCUCUGCUAUUCCCUGUCAAACCCAAAUGCCUCUCCCACCUAUCUCGAUAUCGUCUGUUCCUCUAAUACCAGGCCCUCCUGUGUCAGGCCCCCCGAUGUCUCUCCCAUCCAUGUCCAUCCCGACCAUGUCGGGCCCGAGCAUGUCCGGAGCCCCCAUGAUGCAGGGCUCUCUGCCCGGGCCCCCCGGCUCCCUUCCAAGUGCAAUGCAACCAUUUCCCCUUGCUUUCGAUGCCACCCCAGCACCUGUCGGGAUGUUUGCCAGCCAGCCGGUCCAGCCUGCCUUCAUGCCCAUGCAGACCUACAUGCCCGGUCUGGCCAGCAGUAUGACUUACCCCAACGCCAGCGUGCCGGUGGUAGGCAUCACACCAUCACAAAUGGUGGCAAACGCCUUUUGCACCGCCACAGGCUCAUCGGGCGCAGGUCCAACCAUGGGCUCUGCUGCAGGAGGCUCCAAAACGGGGCCGCUGGGAGCAGUCGGGCAUCACCACGCCUACCCUGGAACGGCCGGUGCAGCCGGGCACACCUCAAGCUUCAACGCGGCCACGUUUUCCUCCACCCCCCCUCUGUCGUCGGCCAUUAAUGGCCUCCCCCCCCACAGCGGCGCAGCCGCAUUGAGCCUCCAGAAUGGGACACCGAGCAGUGGUGGAAACGGUGGCAGCUGGCCCCCAGAGGGCAGCCAGUUAACCGCUCCGGGGGCGAGCGACUCCCAAGACGAUGACCGGUUUGAGGCCAAGUGGGCUGCACUGGAGACAAAAGCAGCAACGCAAUCGUCAGGGAACAAGGCACCGGCUGCCGCAGCAAACCCGUUUUCCAACAGUCUGCAAAAGACCUUUGAGAUUGAGCUCUGAGUCGGACUCUGGCUUACAACCCCAAUGAAGAUAGGAGCCUUUUCCAGGAUUUUUGCUUAAAUGAUAUACAGGAACUCUCAGAUGGCGUAGCAUCCAGCCUUUGGCAGCCUUGGAGUCAGCGCUACAAUGAUCUUCAUUUCUUUCUUUAUGAUCCCGUGCGAGCUGGAGAAGAACUCGGCAGUCUGAGAGAUUCAGGUUUCCAGCUCUUUAAACUUUAUGGACUGGAUCCAGUCAGUCCACCCGUUACCGCCUCUCCUUCCUGCUAUCUCUUCUCCGCUCUGGCUUUACUUUCCCUGCUGCAAGUCCCUGGAUAUACUGCAUGUUCCUCCUACUGAAAGCACCGCAGGGAGGACACAGCUCAGUGGUUUCUAUGUUGAAAAGAGGACUCCACAAUAAUGCAUUCCAAUCCAAAAUGAUAUUUUUGGACACUUUGCUUGUUUUUGUUUUUUUUUAUUUCUUGUGGAGAUUUUAUGGUGUCUGACAACAUCGUGGAGCAGGGCGGACGUCUGGGCGGCCCGAAAGGAACGAGUCGGAACGACUUACUGAUCAAUAGCAGAGAUUUAUGGCCAAAAUGAUUUUAUUUAUUGUAUUUUGAUUUUAACAUGUGACAUAUACCUUAAAGUGGACGCUGAGUUUCAGAAGCAUGUUUUCCUUUCGUAUCCCGGCAUAUUUGAUUUUAAACGACAGAGAGCUGUCAGCAGAGAAAGGAGAGCCCCGCGGGAACCAAAUAGCCACAAUCCUCCGCUACAGCUGUGUACCGGGGCGAGUCAGGCCGCUGUAUAUAGCCGCACGCUUCUUCCACCUCACCGCUGCUGAGGCCUGAUAAGCCCGUGGCUCCACUUGGAUUGUCACUUUUAGAACCGCCUUCCAAAAAAAGGGCAUGAAACACCACUUCAGGAUAACCAGCACAUCCGGUACAGCACACAACAAACAGUCGGUCUGCACCUGACAAACCCAGAGGGAACAUUGAACAUCUCAGUGAGCGAGCUGCCUCCUCCUUAACACUGUGCAGCGAUGUAGAAACAAUGCGCUACAUUGCAGAUUUCACACCUCACACAGGGUAUAUACGCUCAUCGUGUACAGUAAUGAUUGUGCAUUCGCCUCCAUAAGUACUAUGGUACUGCUCUGACAGCGCCUUGCUUAAGUAUUCACACCCUCGUGAGCUUUUUUCACAUUUUGCCGUGUUGCAGCCACAAGCAUCUGUGUGGUUUGUCUUAUGGACCAAAACAAAGUUGUAAACGGCUCUGGAAGGAAAUUUCCACGUCGUUUCACCGACACUGCCACCCAUCCCAACCCCUCCUCUGCAGCAGUAUGUUGAGGUACGUCUCUACUACCUUUGCAUAUCUAGAGACCGCUGGUGUUGUCAAGCCACAGCUUCUCCAUUGGGGUUAUGUCCGGACUUUGACUAGGCCCUUUUUAGACAAGCGAAGCUGCUUUUGGUCUAAACCAUUCCGGUGCAGCUCCACCCAUAGUUUCUGGGUCGUCUUGCUGCCUGGAAGCUGAACCUCGGCCCCUUCCGCCUCAUGCCUGUCGUCGUUUAGGCAGAUCACAAAGACACCCUGAUAAAACACAGCGACGUUCGUGGCUGUGAUGGGACACUGUGUGGAAAAGUUAAAAAGGGGUAUGAAUACUUUUGCAAGGUGUUGUUGGACAGAUUUCAGGGCGAAGAGAGAAGUCAAAUACACGAGGAAUGAAAUGAUGAUGUUGGCUGAAUGUAAAGCAAAGUUUCCGCUGACACACAAACAGAGGAAAAAUAGCACGUGUUGCUAUUGUGGAGGACGGGCUGCAUGUGAGAGAUUGGGCGGGGGGGGGGUUAGGGGGUGGAGACUGGAGUGAUGCCUUUGAGGAAUAAUGAAAGGGAAGUCUAAUGAAAAGAAAGAGAUAAAACAGGAAGAAUGGGAUGUAAGAGCGAGAGGCCGAGUUGGUUCAGAGCUAAGACUCGUUCAUCAUUAGGUCCACAACAGGAGCAGCGUGCCUGGCGUCCUUUAGCUCCAGGUUUCUGAGGCUCUUACACUCUGCUGCUUUAAACACUUUAAAACAGCGUCUCUGAUCAGUUUCAAAGAAAAAUCGUGUCUCCUAUCUGACUGCAAUGUCAUAACCUUGUGUAUCUUCUUUUUUUUUAAUUCAACGUAUGAGCAACUCGUGAUGCGGUUGGAACUUCAGCUACGUCAGUAAGGCGCUGGGUGUUGUAAGUUUGGGUCCCGCUGAGAAGAGCCGGCGCUAAAGAAGCCGAAACGGUUCCGAUCUAAGGGCUUUCUGCAGGUGGUUUCUCUCUUCUAUAAACUGUGUGCAGAUCAGAGAUGCUCCCGUUACGCUCCGUAAUUAUGGACCUCCACUUUUAACAUUAAUGAACAUAACGUCUCUCUUCCAGCCACUGAUGGCCCCGACAUUCCCCAUCACCCAAAUUUAGAAACAGCUGGCCCAAUUUGUACUUCUUUAUCUCCACCCAGACUUCAGCCUUGUAGACUGAAGUCAAUAUUUCUUCCAGUCUGAGCAAACUCCUUUCUCUACCUUUCUUUCUUUACUAAACCAGUCUGAUUGAUUGAUUGAUUGAUUGGUUGAUUGAUUGGUUGAUUGAUUGAUUGAUUGAUUGGUUGAUUGGUUGAUUGAUUGAUUGAUUGGACCAUCAAGUAGAUGCUUUUAGUCCAUUCGAAGUAUAUUUCUGGCCCCCGACUCUUGUUGGCACGCCCUCCAAAUUCUAAAUGUAGGCUAACUGUGUCCUGCGUCAAAGCAAACUAAAUGACCUCAUCAACUUGAUUGUAAAACCUUUAGCUUAGCGAUGGUAACAAAGCGAACCAGUGGAGUUUAUUUUUAAUCUUUAUUUACAGAAGUUUUUGUAUUUAAACCAACAUAUUUGUAUUGUAAUUACAUUGUACAAAAGAUAAAUAAAGUAAUAUAAUAUUACGCCUGC